AUGGAUGUAUUAAUAUUUAAUGAAGAUCUAAAACAGUUAUUGUUUGAUCAUCCAUUAUUUAAAGAUUAUAUCAACUAUAUUGAAAAGAAUAAUCCAGAGUUGUUACAACCAUACUAUCAAGAAUUAGUCAAUGGAAAUUGGGAUUUGGUGUGUCGAUUGAUCAUGUAUAUUUAUGGAGAGAGAAUGUUUCAUUUUAUAGAUUCCAUUGAAUUAAAAGAGGAUCAAGUUAAUAAAUUAUCUUGGAGUCUUUGGCCAGAUGAAACUGAUCCAACAACAAAAACAACAACAAACCAAUCAUCAUCAUCUAGAAAAGUGGUUGCAACAUUGGAAUUUUAUAUUUCAUCUUGUUUUGCAUUUGAUAGAUUCCACAUCAACCAAAACAAACCAAUUAUUCUUUAUGAAUAUUGUAUUAAUGAUGAUGAUGGUCACCAACAAUUAUCAAGUCAAACAAACAUAGUAGAUUGUUUACAAGUGGUUGAUAUAAUGGAGAAAUAUUAUCCAUCAAACAAGGAAUCAUACAACUUGUUUAGAGAUGAUAUUAUAAAUAAUUUGGUCAAUAUUCCAUUAUCUUAUGUUUACACUAGACCCAAGAUGGAAGCAAUUAAACAAGAAGCCGGGAUUCUAAAUUGUCAUUCAAUUCCAGAAUUUAUCGAGAAAAAGGUUGCUUUGGGACAAGGAUUAGACGUUCAAGUAUUCUAUGAACAAUUUCAUGUACGUGGUAGUCCAACUCAUAUCAUGCACAAGAUUAAAAGAGGAUUUGAUUGUCGUCAAGCCAUUCAAUACUCUCCAGAGUUUUCAAAUCCUUUUCCAUCGAGAAUGGUAGCAAUCCAUAAAUCAAUUGGAUCAUGUACCAAACACAUUGAUGCAAUGGAUAGUAACGACUAUCUAUUCAAGCAUUUCCCAUUAGAAUCUGAACAAUUGAAAUUGUUUUUCUCCCAGGAGAUGAAUCUAUCGUUGGAAUCAUACUAUAUCAACUUUGUACAUCCAUUUCAACUAGAUGAUUCCAUUCCAACUAAAUUUAAAAAGGAGAUUGAUAGUCGAGAGAUUAUUAUCAUUCCAGCUGCUAUCACUUCAAAGAUUCUAUUUAACGCUCUCAUUUCAUUGAGAUCGGUUAAUAUUAGUGAUUUGGAAAAAGUGAAUCAUUCAUAUCCAUCGUUGAAAAUGUCGGUUGGUGUAUGUCUCACCAACAAGAUACGAAACAUGCCACCUGAAUGCUUACACUAUGGCACGCAGUUUUCAAAGACUCUAGACUCUAUAUUCGAGUUGGAAAAGGAUAAUGGAUUUGGUACAAAGUAUGAAUGUGUCAGAGAGUUGUUUGGUAUCUACUAUAACAGACCUUGUGAUGACGACAAUCUUUCAAAUGACCCAAUUGAAAAAGAAAAGAGAACUCUAAUGUCAACCAUUGUACGAGAAGAUAUGACCAAAUAUAUUGAAGAAGGUGAUCAUCUUGUUUGUAUACCUGCUCUAUUCAACAGAUCCCCACUAUCCAACAAUAUUCUAUUAAUAGAGUUUGUUCAACAAUUUCAACAACAAUCUUCUUCUUCUUCACCUCUCAACUUACGUGAAGCAAUUAUUGAAUGGUAUAAAAUCUACUUUAAUAUGGUUAUUCCAUUCUAUUUGACAAUGUUUACCAAACAUGGUAUUGCAUUGGAAUGCCAUCACCAAAACACCUAUGUAGUCAUUCGAAGGGGUGUACCCAUAAAGAUUAUCUUUAAGGAUUGGGAGUGUCCUCGAUUCAAUGUCGAACGAUUCUCCAACUAUGAAGAGUAUAUGGGACAAGGUCACAGAAACGAUAAAAAGCUAUCAUACUUUUUGAAAAAGAUAUCGAUCCUUAUCUUUCAUUCAAGUGAGUUUUCAAUAUCACUAUUGAAAGAGUCUAAAAGAAUGUUUCCAGAUAAUCCAAUCACCGAGGAUAUUUUGUCAAGAGAAGCAUUCAAUAUUGCAAAGUCAACACUCGACAAGUUUAAACUUGUCAAUCCACAAUUGGCCAAGAACGUAGAGCAAGAUGAACAAUAUCUAUUUGGUAAUCCAACACUUGAAACCUUUUCAAUUACCAAAUGGAGAUUAAAUGUUAAUUCAGCGAUAUGGUUAGGUCAAUUAUAUGGUCUCACUAUGACAAAUGAAACUGAUAUUUGUAAUAAGUUUACCUGCCAAGUAAUAGGAUCUGAAAGACAUAUCAUUAAGAUAGGUCAGUAUCCAGAAUGUGUAUCGAUAUACAUUUAUGGUGACACCAUGAUCACACAAGUUCCAGAGCAUUUCAAUCAAGCAUUUCCGAAUCUCAUAAAUUUAUUGUUUUGUUCCAAACUAAUAGACUUUGCAAUUCCUCCCAGUCCCUCGUUGGUCAACCUACUUCUAUCAAUAUCAUACCAAUCUAACUAUACCCAUCGAUUCACUCAACAACUAUUCCCAAAACUUGAAUAUAUCAUUAGUCAAAAUCAUGGUGUUACCAUUCAAGUUGCCUCACCACUCAUCUUCGCUUUCAACUCUGGACCUGGUUCCAUUAAUCCAAUAUUCUCAUAUCCAGAAUCGAUCAAACACCUACUGAUUAGUGAUACCAAUCCCUCCUAUUCAUUUCCAAGGGAUUUUGGGUUAUUUCCAAAUUUAAAGGCUUUAUAUCUACCUGAUAGUACUGGACCCUUUCCAAUUACUGCUCCUCUCCCAUCAAAAUUGGGUAGUUUAUCAUAUUUUGAUAGUAACUUGACAGGAACCGUUCCUUCUAAUUUCUUGUCAAAUAAUCCACAACUAUCAUGGUUGGAUUUGGAAGAUAAUCAAUUACUUCAAGGUAGUUUUGGUGAGGAGUCUUGUUAUCUUGAAAGACUGGAUAUUAGAAACACAUCAAUUAGUUCAGUUCCCGAUUGUUGGUGGUGUUAUUAUGAUUAUACAAUUAACCAUUAUUUGAGGACAGACCUUACAAAACCUUCUACUAUAAAUUGUCCUGAACCUCAAUUAGACACUAAUAGUACUAAUGUAAUAUCUGCCAAUCAACGAGUUACAGUGACCGGGAGAAAUAUUGGUUGGGGUUAUGGUCUAGACCUCACAGUUAUAGAUGCCAAUAGAAAAUUAUAUGCAGAUCUCAAGAGUAUGAAUAUUCAUAUUCCAUUGGGUGAGACUCAAAAUGUUACUAUUCAAUUUUCAGCUAAAUGGAAUAGAACAGUGACUGUAAGAAAUAUUGAAUUUUCAGUAUUGAAUGUUACAAUGGAUCUUAAAACCAACCAAGAGGUGAUUGUAUAUUAUCAAUAUGCCGUUUCAAAUUAUCUACCAAAUGUAACUGUUAGAAAUGGUUAUAUAGAAUCAUUAAAAUCAGUAGAUACAAAUAAUUGUACAACUGGAUGCAGAGCAGUUUAUACCAUUCCAAAUACAUUUAAUAUUGACGAAAUGAUAAAGGUAGUUAUCUCAACAUCUGUGCAAUCCCAAACAAUUAGAUCAAGCUUAAUUAUUAUCAAAGAUACAAUCGUAACAUCAGUCAAUUUACAAUCAUCAACUCUUAAUUUAUUUGGAUAUUUUGGGAUUUAUUACAAUGAAAAUGGUGAACCACAACCAGUCAUAGGAAGUGUUUUGAUCAAUAAUACAAUCAAUUGUAUCAUUGCAACCACAACAACACCGACACCAACAUUUAUUAAUUGUACACUUGAUCAACUACCAACUAGUGGCCCUGCAACUAUCUCGGUAUCAGUUCGAAAUGGAAAUUAUUCAUCAUCAUCAUUAUUAUUCAUUCCAUAUCCACAACCAUCAAAUAAUGAUUGUAAGGAUAGAACAAAGAAUUGUAAUGGCCACGGUACUUGUGUCAAUGGACAAUGUCAAUGUGAUCAAGGUUGGGUUGAUGAUUGUCGUCUCAAAAAUGAAAAAGAUCCAGAAGUAAUAUUCAAACCAAACAUAACAUCACCAACAUCAUCAUCAUUCUCAUAUAAUGAUUUCAUAUUCUCAUUUGAUAUGAUUGAAAUUCAAGAAUUGGAUAUCGAUGGAAAUAUUGUCAAAAGAUUAGAAUCAAAUAGUUGGUUGUUGAAUGACAAAUCAACAAAUGAUUUGGUGUCACUUUCAUAUGAUCUUGUGAGUCAUCAGAAUGACAGUGAAUAUUCAUUGCUCAAUGUCACAUCGAUCGUUGAAUUCUCAAAUUCAUCUCGAACCAUUCAAUUUGGUGAUGACUUGAUUCAAUUGGGUGCUGGAUCAAUCAAGAUUAGUGUCAAUAUUACCAACUGGCCAUUCACAUCGGUACUAUCGAAUCUUCGAGUAUUAUUCUCAACCACCAUCAACAACGAACAAUCAAUAGUUGGAUGUGAUGACUCUGUCAACACGAUUGAAUCAUUCCAACAAUCAAGCAACGAUGACAGUAUUCAAUACUUGAGAGUAGUCAAAGACAAUGUUCAAUUCUUUGGUCGAUUCAUUGAUUAUUGUCUGUCGGAUGGCCGAAAAACCUAUUCAAAGACACAACUAAUCAACACAACUGUUAUCGAUCAAGACAACUCUAUUGCACUGAUAGGUAUCAGUCUUCCACAAUCACAAAUAUCGAUACUCGAUCCAGAUUUCAGUGCAUUGGUCAUCAAUCCAGAUAAUUAUGGUAAAUGCAGUUCCGAAUCAGACAACAAAUGGAAAAUGAUUGUUGGAGUGGUUGUUGGUGUUGUUGGAGCUGUGUGUGUAUCGGUCAUCAUCUUUGUCAUUGUCAAGAGAAUCAGACACCAUAUGAUUCUAAAUAGUAAAUCAAUCAAGAUGGAUACAAUCAAUCAAAGAACAUAA